AUGAUGACAUCAAAAGAAGUGGCCAAAUGUGAUGCAGUGGAGAACAGGAGGCGAAGUCCGCUGGACCACUUGCCGCCUCCUGCCAACUCCAACAAGCCGCUCACCCCCUUCAGCAUCGAGGAUAUCCUCAACAAGCCGUCUGUGAAACGAGGUUACACGAUUUGCGGAACAGCUCAUCUAAUUUCGUCCUCUGAGAAGCACCGUCCGUCCAGCAUUCCUCUGUCCAGCCGGGCUCUCCUCAACCAGACCUCCCCGCUCAGCGCGUUAGAGGAGCUGGCCAGCAAGACCUUCAAGGGGCUGGAAGUCAGCGUUUUACAGGCUGCAGAAGGCCGGGACGGGAUGACUCUGUUCGGCCAGAGAAGCACUCCGAAGAAGCGCCGGAAGUCUCGGACGGCGUUCACCAAUCACCAAAUCUACGAGCUGGAGAAGCGCUUCCUGUACCAGAAGUACCUGUCCCCGGCGGACCGGGACCAGAUCGCGCAGCAGCUGGGCCUGACGAACGCGCAGGUCAUCACGUGGUUUCAGAACCGCAGGGCCAAGCUAAAACGGGACCUGGAGGAGAUGAAGGCCGACGUGGAGUCGGCCAAGGCCAUCGGCCAGGUCCCCUUGGAGAAGCUCGCCAAGCUGGCGGACCUGGAGAAAUGCGCCAACGGCACGCUGGGCCACCCGCGAGCCCAUUCCCCCACGCGGGGCGGCAAACAGGCGCUCCAGCUCGUUCAGAAACUGCGGAACUCGCCGCUGUCUCCGUUCUCAGACCACACAACUAGUAAAGAGUGCUCAGAGGACGAGGGCGAGGACGUGGAGAUUGAUGUUGAUGACUGA